AUCGGUACAAAAGGAAGAUAAAUUUUCUGCACACAAACAUUCUCGUUGUGCAAUUUGGGGAAGAAAUAGAUACAUAGGAAACCCUUCUCCUCUGCUGCUUGUCCUCUCUCUCCCCACCAUUAACGGACCCCACAAUUCCUCUUAACCCCUUCUUCUCCCCCUUCUUUUCCUCUCUCACUCACUGCCAUUAUGCCAGCUUCUUCCUCAGAGACGAGGAACAGGUGGAGGAAACGGAAGCGAGGAGAGCAGUCUCGAAAACCUAGACAUCAACCGCAGCUUCACCACGAUGAAGAUGAUGAGGAUUAUGAAGAAGAAGAGGAUGUUGACCUUGAUCAGAACAAUACACAUCCUGAAUUUGAUGAUGACCCUAGCAAUUCGUCUGAUCCGGUUCCGGCUCCGGUUCCUGUUCCUGUUGCAAGAGCCGGAAGUGGAGCAGAGACGGAGGUUUUGUCGGAUGGGGCGGUGAGAGUGUCGGCAUUUCCUUCGGUUGUAAAGCAGACGGUGAACCGGCAUCAUUACUUGGUGAUGCAGGUUGCUGCAAGGGAGAGGGCUUGUCAAGGUGGAGAUAGUACUGGUGGUGGGAUGAAUUAUUUGUUUUUGGAGAAUGUUUCGCACGGGCAGCUUCAGGCGGUGUCUGCUAUGCCCAGGGAUGCUCCGGUUUUGGCUGGCGGAGAUUCGGAAGGGUCUUAUGUUAUUACGCCGCCGACGAUUAUGGAGGGACGGGGUGUUGUUAAGAGAUAUGGGUCGAAUCGGGUUCAUGUUGUACCGAUGCAUGCAGAUUGGUUUUCACCAACGACAGUAAACAGGCUAGAGAGACAAGCCGUGCCACAUUUCUUCUCCGGGAAGUCCCCAGACCAUACUCCCGAAAAAUACAUGGAUUGUCGUAACCGUAUAGUUGCUAAAUACAUGGAAAAUCCCGCAAGAAGGUUGUCAGCUACUGACUGCCAUAGUUUCUUAUCUGGUGUGGAUGCUGAUGAUGUAACUCGAGUCGUACGGUUUCUCGAAAACUGGGGUGUUAUUAAUUACUGCGCUGCUCCACUAAAUCAUCACGAGCCGAGAAACGAGGACUCACGUCUCACAGAGGAUUCAAAAGGCGAACUACGUGUGCCGGCAACUGCUCUGCGAUCUAUCGAUAGCUUAAUCCAGUUUGAUAAACCGAGAUGUAGGUUAAAAGCAUCAGACAUAUAUCCAGAGUUGGCCGUUGAAAAUGAACAAAACUCCGAUUUGGAUAGCAGAAUUCGCGAGGCAUUAUCUGAAAAUAAGUGCAAUCAUUGUUCGCGAUCUCUUGGUAUAGUCUACUACCAGUCUGUCAAAGAGAUUGAGACGUUUUUAUGCUUGAGCUGUUUCAAUGAGGGGGCAUUUGUAGCGGGUCAUUCAAGUCUGGAUUUUAUUAAGGUUGAUUCCACCAAGGAUUAUGGAGAUCUUGAAGCUGACAGCUGGACCAAUCAGGAGACCUUAUUGUUACUAGAAGCCAUGGAAAUUUUCAAUGAGAAUUGGAGUGAGAUUGCCGAUCACGUUGGCACUAAAUCAAAAGCUCAAUGUAUCCAUCAUUUCGUACGCCUUUCGAUAGACGAGACUCCUUUGGAAAGUAUUGAGAUUCCAGAUGCUUCAAACUUGCCAAAUGGUAAUGGAUGUGGAAAACCAAAAUCAUAUGCAAAUGGGAAAGCGUCCGUUAUUGAAGACCUUGAAUCCGAAGACAGGUUGCCGUUUGAAAAAUCUGGAAAUCCUGUUAUGUCUCAGGUUGCCUUUUUGGCGUCUGCUGUGGGGCCAAGAGUGGCUGCAGCCUGUGCACACGCAUCUUUGGCAGCAUUAUCGGAGGAUGAUCGUCAAGGUGCUUCUGAAAAUGCAGGAGUGAUGGACGGAUCUGGGUCUGAAAAUAGGAUGAACUCAGAAAACAUGAAUGGUAGAGAUGCCAGAAACCCGACUCAACAAAAAGUUGAGAACUCUGGAGCCAAUAAUGCUACUCCUCUAUCUUCUGAAAAGAUGAAAAAAGCAGUAAGAGCAGGUCUUUCUGCAGCUGCAACUAAAGCAAAGCUGUUUGCAGAUCAUGAAGAACGAGAAAUCCAAAGGCUAUCAGCGAAUAUAAUCAAUCAGCAGUUGAAGAGGUUAGAGUUAAAGCUAAAACAAUUUGCUGAAGUGGAGAGCUUAUUAAUAAGAGAGUGUGAACAGCUAGAGAGAGGAAGACAACGAGUAUCAGCUGAGCGGGCCCUCAUCUUUUCCUCCCAGUUCGGACCCGCUGGUGUAUCGAGGCCCACAGGUGUCGGCCCUUCAAUGGUGAACAAUAACCCGGGACCAAGCAGGCAGCAAAUGUCGGGUUCAGGCUCAGGUUCACCUGCUCAGCCCUUCAUAUCUGGGUUCCCGGGCAGCCAACCAAUGCACCCACAGAUGUCUCAGCAGCCCAUGUUUGGGCUGGGUCCAAGGCUUCCGCUUUCGGCUAUAAACCCUUCAACAACUUCAUCAGCCUCACAUCCCAUGCUGAGGCCAGUGUCAGGAAGUAGAUCUGGUUUUGAAUAAUUUAAAAGAUUUUAUUAACACUAUCUUAAAAUUACCCGGAAAGGUGAAUGUGGAGCUGAUAGGGGGUUGUCGCCUGAUUAGGGUGCUCCUUAUGUUAUCCUGACUUAAUAUGCUGUUUUUGACGUUAGAAGAUUGUUGGUAUUAUGGUGUUGUACAGUGAUAUUGAUCAUGUAGCAAUUUAGCAUGUGCGUUGCAUUAUGAUAUGGACUUAGAUAUCAUUGUAUGUUUUCCUUAUUUAA